GUGUUUCUGUCACAACUUGUAUUACAAACAAUUUGGGGAUUGAUCGAUUUCCCGAGCACCAGGGCCUUUAACAAUCUCUUGAGAGCAUUAAGAAACUGUCACCAUCAUAUUGCUUGGAAAAUACACUGGAUUUUUUCCAGCACGCAUGGUAUAAAAAAUGGAUAAUACAACAAAACCCCAACUCCUAAUGAUUGGCAUGGGCGCCAUUACAACACGCACAGGCGACCGAGUAUGUAAGAAGUACCGAAUCCUCGACGACGACGCAGCCGUCACAAAGGACAAUAUCAGCGCCAUGGAGCGAGAAGCCAACGUAUAUCUCAUGCUCGGCACGCAUCCACACGUGGCCGAAUGUCUCUUUGUAGCGCCAUCAAAGGAAUAUAUCGAGCUGCGAUACUACCCCAAGGGCAACCUCCGAGACUACAGGGCAAUGCAUGCCCAUGACAUCUCUGACGCGCGUUUGGAGCAUUGGGCGUACCAAAUGAUUGACAGCAUCGCAUUUAUCCAUUCCAAGGGUGUCCGCCACGCAGAUAUCAGGCUUGACCAGUGGCUCGUAGACGAGCAGUUGAAUGCUCGACUGUGCGACUUCAAUGGGUGCGGCCAUGAUGGAGAUGCGGGGCUGGGAUUGCCAGGCGUGCGCUCCAUGUCGCUUGAAUCUUCCACGCAUUUCCUUCCGCGGGAUCCGCUGGAGAUUAGCACUGUUGGAACAGAUCUCUUCGCACUAGGAUCGGCGCUAUAUGAGCUUGUCACCAAUCACAAGCCAUUUGUAGGUUUGUCAGACGACGAGAUUGAGGUGCGAUUUCGACAGAAACAGUUUCCCUGCACGGAGGGCCUGCUCAUUGGCCGUACGAUCAAUGGCUGCUGGCAAGGUGCGUUUGCAUCUGCGGUGGAUGUGCUGGACUCAAUUGGCGGGCAAGGAGAGUCUUUGCGUCCAAAUGCUCGAGCAAAGUCUGGGUUCGCAGCGUUGGCAAAAGUGUACCAAAUGUUACAUACAGCUCUCCAUUCUGUAAUCUUCCGGAUCCCGCGUCCUGUGCAUUACAUGCUCUUUCUAACUCUUGUGCCCUUUGUUUCAUUUUCAACUGCCCGGUGGGUCAAGGCAUACCAAAGAUGAAUCCUGUUUAAUUCUUUUUCUAGAGGAAUGGCUUUUAUUGUCAAAAGUCAUCAUGAUUUAAUAAACUUUCAUUGAUCUAGUAUCAAGUUAUUCUCAGCGAG